AUGAACACCCGCUCCGGGGGCCAGCCUUCCGCCGCCCCAGAAGCCAUACUCAACAGCGGAGAGGUGGUCUUGCCGCCCCGCAUCUCCAGAGUGAACGGCUGCUCGUUACCCCUGCACUGCUUCCAGGUGGUGACCUGGGCUGUCUUCGUGGGCCUUUCCUCGGCCACCUUCGGGAUCUUCAUUCCCCUCCUGCCUCACACGUGGAAAUACAUCACCUACGUGGUGACCGGGGGGAUCUUCUCCUUCCACCUCGUCAUCCACCUGAUCGCCUCCUGCAUCGACCCGGCCGACUCCAAUGUCAAAUUGACGAAGGACUAUUCUCAGCCCGUGCCCAUUUUUGACAGAGCAAAACACGCACACGUGAUCCAGAAGCAGUUCUGCCACCUGUGCAACGUCACUGUGAACAAGAAAACCAAACACUGCAUUUCCUGCAAUAAGUGUGUGUCUGGCUUCGACCAUCACUGCAGAUGGAUCAACAACUGCGUGGGAAGCCGAAAUUACUGGUUCUUCUUCAGCACUGUGGCCUCGGCCACAGCUGGCAUGCUCUGCCUGAUCGCCAUCCUGCUGUACGUCCUCGUCCAGUACCUCGUGAACCCCGGGGUGCUCCGCACGGACCCCAAGUAUGAAGAUGUCAAGAAUACGAACACGUGGCUGCUGUUCCUCCCCCUGUUCCCGGUGCAGGUGCAGACCCUGACAGUCGUGACCAUCUGGAUGUUCGUGCUCCUGCUGGACCUUCUUGGCUUGGUGCACCUGGGCCACCUGCUUAUCUUCCACAUCUACCUGAAGGCCAAGAAGAUGACCACCUUUGAGUAUCUCAAUAAGACCUGCAAAGAAGAGAGUUCAAAACAUCUGCCUGUUGUCAAAACAGCGAGGAAAGAUCCACAGGUGCAAAUGGAGGAAGGAUUUCUCCAGUUUUUCUUUAGUGAAUUAGCGUUCAACAGUUGGGUUAUUUGGCGUAUCAAACGUAACAGCUCUUUGCAUAUUAGGAACCGUAUGGGAUCUUUCACGGUGUAG